AUGAAUAAGAACAACAAUAAAGGUAGUGUUAAAAAAAACAGCAAUUCGAAAAAAAAAACAAGCACAAAUUUAAACAAUAUGAACAAUAUGAACAAUAUAAGUAGUAAAAAAAAUAUUAAGAAUGGAAAUGUAAAUGAUGAAAUUACUACUGCUACUAGUAGUAACCAUAUCAAUACCAUAUUGAAUGGAAAUAAUGAAGAAAUAAAAGAUGUUCAGGUUGUCAGUAAUUUAAAUAUAGAUAACAAAAGAGAAGAUAAUAAUUCUAAAAUGAAUAUACAAGGAGAAGAAACUGUCAAUAAUGAAACUAACAAUAAUCAAGCAAAUAAUAAAGAUGGUGAAAGUAAGAUAAAUUUAAAGAAUAAUAAAUCAAACAAGCCAAACGAAUCCAACAAGAAGACAAAGAACAACAACAACAAUAAUAAUAAUAAUAAUAAUAAAAAUAAUAAUAAUAAUAGUGCAUCAAAUAAAAAAAACUCCAAGAACAAGAAAAAAGUAGAUAAAUUAGACUUAAUAUUAAAUGAAUUUAAAAAUGAUAUAAAAAAUGUAAAGGGAGAAAAGAACCAAAACUGCAAUAAGUUAUCAAACGGUGCUAUAGAAACAAAUAACAUGCACAAUAAUUAUAAUAAUAAUGGUAGAAUCCAUUUUGAUGAAGAGGAAAUAAGAGAAAUUAAAAAGAAAAUUAUAUUAAAUGAACAUAUGUUAGAAGAACAAGAUAAUAGUUCUAUUAGAUUGUUAAAAAAUUGGCCACAAGUUGAAAAGACCUAUCAAACGAAUCCUCCGUCUAUUCCUUUAGAUUUAAUAUAUGGAAAGGAUGGAAAAUAUCCAGUAGGAGAAAUUUUAGAAUAUAAUAAUUAUAAUUUAAGUGGUCAAUCUUUACAAGAAAAAAAAGAAAGAGAAAAAUUAAGUAUUGAUUAUUAUGAAGAUUUAAGAAAAGCUGCUGAAUGUCAUAGACAAGUUAGAAAACAUAUGCAAGCAUUUAUUAAACCUGGAAAAAAAAUGAUAGAUAUAGCUCAAGAAACAGAAAGGAAAACAAAAGAAUUAAUACUAGCUCAAAAAUUAAAAUGUGGCUGGGGAUUUCCUACAGGUUGUUCAUUAAACCAUUGUGCUGCACAUUAUACUCCAAAUUAUGGAGAUGAAACAGUUUUAAAAUAUGAUGAUGUUUGUAAAUUAGAUUUUGGUGUUCAUGUUAAUGGUUAUAUAAUUGAUUGUGCCUUUACAAUAGCAUUUAAUGAUAAAUAUGAUAAUUUAAUAAAAGCAACACAAGAUGGCACAAAUACAGGAUUAAAAGAAGCAGGUAUAGAUGCUAGAAUGUGUGAUAUUGGAGAAGCUAUUCAAGAAGCUAUUGAAUCAUAUGAAAUAGAAUUAAAUCAAAAAAUAUAUCCUAUUAAAGCAAUUAGUAAUUUAAGAGGACAUUCAAUUAAUAAAUAUAUUAUACAUGGUGGAAAAUGUGUACCUAUAGUAAAACAAAAAGAAAAAAAUGAAAUUAUGGAAGAAGGAGAAUUGUUUGCAAUUGAAACAUUUGCAUCUACUGGUAAAGGAUUUGUUAAUCAUGAAAAUGAUUGUUCACAUUAUAUGAGAAAUCCAGAAAAACAAUUUGUACCCAUAAGAUUAAAUUCAGCUAAAACUUUACUUAAAGUUAUUAAUGAUAAUUUUGAUACUCUCCCUUUUUGUAAUAGAUGGUUAGAUGAUUUAGGACAAACAAGACAUUUUAUGGCUCUUAAAACUUUAAUAGAUCUAAAUAUUGUUGAACCAUAUCCACCUUUAUGUGAUAUAAAAAAUUCUUUCACUUCUCAAAUGGAACACACUAUUUUAUUAAGACCAACAUGUAAGGAGAUACUUUCUCGUGGUCCCGACUUUUAA